AUGUCAAGAAGAGGCUUACGAGAUGAAGAAAUCGAACGAUUAUUGUGUGAAAUUCCAUCAGACGAGGAUUCCACUGUUGACACCACAGAUGACGAAUCUGAUUAUGAAGCAAGCAUUGUUGCGGAGGCUAUUGUGUCGUCUGAAGGCGAAGUUUCAGAGAGCGAGGAAGAAAGUGAGUCCACUCCGCCAAAACGCGCUGCUGACACAGCGCCAACUUGGGGACAACAAUUCAAUGCUACCUCAGGAAUGCAGUUCGACAGUGAAUCAGGACCAAGUGCUUUUAUUAGGGACAUUGAUGAUCCAGAACCUAUCGAUAUAUUCGAAAAAAUAUUUCCAAAAGAGCUAGUUCAGCUAAUCGUUUUCCAAACAAAUUUAUAUGCGACGCAAUCUGGCAAGUCUUUCACUCCAACAACUGACAAUGAAAUACGAACUUUCCUGGGAAUCAACAUUUUGAUGGGUAUAAAGCGUAUGCCAGCAUACAGAGACUACUGGUCUAGUGCCCCAGAACUUCAUGAUCGUUAUAUUGCAUCUCUGAUGGCAGUAAAUCGGUUUGGAUGGUUACUGAGGAACAUUCAUCUGAAUGAUAACACAUUGCAUCCAGAAAAAGGACACCCAGGUUAUGACAAACUGUACAAGCUGCGACCAGUGAUCAAGAUACUAUCUGAAUCUUUUUCCAAGUGUUACCAACCCAGCAAACACCUAGCAAUUGAUGAGUCAAUGAUCAAAUUCAAAGGCCGCAACAGUAUGAAACAAUACAUGAGAGAUAAACCCAUAAAGCGUGGUUACAAAGUGUGGAUGCUGUGUGACAAGACCUCUUACAACUUGAAAUUUGAUAUUUACACCGGAAAAUAUCUGAUACCAGAUCAUUCGUUUGGUGCUGGGAAGAUUAAGGCGGACAUGGCGUACGGCCGCGUGGGCAUCUCGAUCUCAGCCUUCCAGUUUAGAGUGCGUCAUAUAAACGGAGGAGAUAGUGUUGUUGCUGUCAGCCUGAAUCGUAUCUUUGUGGAAGAGGAUAGGGAACCAUCUGGUGAGCAGAUGCUUCAAGGAUGCUGUGAGCACAAUGCAUAUUUCAUUGGUGCUGUACUAACUCAUCUACCAGAGUUGUUUAAAGACACUGCGGAAGAUCGAGAUUGUUACGAUACAUUAAAAGAUAUUAAGGAAAAAUCAAAUAAGGAGAAAUGGUGA